AUGGAUAAGGCAAAGCGAGUAGUUAGUGAGUUCCUUCACAACGACGGAAAGCACAAGACAACCGUCGACCAAAACGUCCGAGAGGGUGUCACCAAUGAGCACAUUCACCCGGAAAAACAUGAGCAUGUCACGGCCGCCGUCGACAGAGAGGUUCACCAAGAACAUCAUCAAACUCGCAUCCAGCCCGUGAAGGACAAGGAAAUUCUUCCCGAGCAGCAUUCUCACAAUGUCCUACCUGUCGAGGAGAAGACUAUUCAUCAUGGCGGUCAUGACCAGGUGCGCCAGACCCUCGAGAGAGACGCUGCCCAGUAUAAGGACACAUCGACUACACACAGCACCAAACACACUACCACCACCAACCCGACUAUGACGGGAGAACGCGUUCAUCAUCACGUCCACGAACACAUCCAGCCAGUCAUUGAGAAGGAAACCAUCCAACCCCACGUUGUUCACACCACUGCCCCUGUCCACGAAACCCACCACGCUGCGCCCGUUCAUCAUGAGACUACAACACUCCCUACAAAGACCAUGGAAGAAUUUACAUCAGGGAUGGGCAAGUCUGGACUAGGAUCAAAGGGCACCACCAAUGUCCUUCGAGAGUACGAAGGUUGCCCACAGCCUCACAAGGAUACUCCCGGGGCCCAUCGCCUCAUUCACGGAGAACAAGGAGGGGUUGGAGCUGGCACUGAAAGGUACGGCGAGAAUCUCACAGACACUCGUGCUGAAUCCAACACCCUCGGUGGGGGUUAUGGUGAGAAUCUACCAGCGUCGACUGGACGCGGGGCAUAUGAAACCACACGCAACGACGCUUCCAUCGGCGCCAAUGCCCCUCGGACCACUGAUCAGGGAAUUUCGGGAUUCAACAGAACUAAUCCCAACACCGGUAGCGCUUUUGAGGAAAACCUCUCUGGCAAGCAUAGCUCAUCACUUGGUAACACCACUCCCCCCAAGAAAGGCCAACCAUCCAUGAAGGACGUUCUCCACCCACGCAGGGAUGCCGAUGGUGACGGAAAGGCCGGAAUGUUUGAUUAA